CGAUGGAAGAAGAGGGAAGAGGGAAGAGGAGAGUCCAUCAUAAUAGAUAUGUGUGGAGGAGAGUCCGGCUCUUUAGGAUCCCAAUCUGCAUAAUCUGAGUAUGUCUGUCUGUCUGUAGAUAUAUUCAUGAUAUUAUUAUGAUGAUUUUGUAAUUCAUGCUCUUGUGGCUAUGAUGAUUUGAGCAUAUUGCUGUUCGAUUCAUGGGCGCUUAUGUACCUUUUUGUGUGGUUUCAUAUUGUGGAAAAAAGUGUUUUAUUUAAUUUAAUUUAAUUGGGGGCACUUAUCUAAUAAAGCAAGAUCUGAUAUUGGGGGGUCUGAUGAAUGAAUGAUCUCUGUGGUUGGGAAUAAUAAGUUUGGAUUGAAGAGGAUUGGAUUGGAUGUUUUGCUGCCCAUACAUAAUGUGGAGAUCAGGAGGAGAAGAUUUGCAAGGUUUCUACCCAGUUAGACCUGAAUGUCUAGCUGAUGUUCCCAGGACCCGCUUUAAAUCCAGGGCUGGAAAGACUCUAAGUGCAAGAAGAUGGCACGCUGCCUUUACUGAAGAUGGCCAUUUGGAUAUGGAAAAAGUCCUCCGACGUAUUCAGCGUGGAGGAAUUCAUCCCUCCAUCAAAGGCGCUGUUUGGGAGUUUUUGUUAGGUUGUUACGAUCCUGACAGCACUUUUGAUGAAAGGACCAAGCUCCGGACUCUAAGAAGGGAGCAGUACGCUGCUUGGAAACAAGAAUGUAAGACUAUGGUUCCUGUCCUUGGCACCGGCACCUACAUCACUAUGGCUGUUGUUCAACAAAAUGGCGAACCAAUUGAUGAAUCUUCUGUUGAAAAUCAAGGCUGGGUCGUCAAAGAGACUGUUAGAGACGAGAGAGUCCUCCAAUGGAUGCUCUCCUUGCAUCAGAUCGGCCUUGACGUUGCUAGAACAGAUCGCUAUCUUUCCUUUUAUGAGGAUGGUGCUAAUCAGUCCAAACUAUGGGAUGUUCUUGCCAUAUAUACUUGGUUGAAUCUUGAUAUCGGUUACGUUCAAGGUAUGAAUGAUAUAUGUUCCCCUAUGAUAAUCCUCUUUGAGGAUGAAGCCGAUGCUUUCUGGUGCUUUGAGCGUGCAAUGCGAAGACUGAGAGAAAAUUUCAGGGCAACAGCAACAUCAAUGGGUGUGCAGACUCAGCUGGGUGUGCUCUCACAGGUCAUUAAAACGGUUGAUCCUCGCCUCCAUCAACAUCUAGAGGAUCUGGAUGGUGGGGAGUAUCUGUUUGCUAUAAGGAUGUUGAUGGUACUUUUCAGGAGAGAGUUCUCCUUCCUCGACGCUUUGUACCUUUGGGAGCUGAUGUGGGCAAUGGAGUAUAAUCCAAACAUGUUUGCAACAUACGAGGAACUAGAAGACCGGAACAACAACAACAACGCAGCAGACGAUCCCAAGUUACUAAAACGUUAUGGCAAGUUUGAGAGGAAAUACGUGAACAGCGGAAAGAACGAGCGACAUAGCAAUACGAUUGCUGUUUUCGUGGUCGCUAGCGUUCUGCAGACAAAGAACAAACGUCUCUUAAAGGAAGCUAAAGGCCUAGACGACGUUGUUCAGAUACUAGGAGACAUCGCCGGUAAUCUUGACGCCAAAAAAGCGUGUAAAGAAGCGUUGAAGAUCCAUGAAAAGUUCCUCAAAAAGGCUAAUAGGCCAUGAAGAUUUGCUUCCACUUUAUAUAUAUAUUAACACAGUUGUCGGAAAGUUGUUCAUCGCCCGCUAGGAAUCUCAUGAAAGAUUCUGGAUGGAGAUUGGUGAAAAAGCUAUGAUGAUUCUUUCUGUUUUUUUCUUCUUGUAUUUGUUCAUUCUUCUUAUGUUUUUGUUACAUAAUUUAUGAAUUGGUGAUAAACAGUGCCGUUUUUGAGUUCUAAGAAUGAACGUUGUAAACUCUUUAUUUUCUUACAUUAAUUUUUAUUUUCUUACCAAA